CGGCGUGCGGCCGACUAACGGAGCGGAGCGGAAGGCACAACAACCACGGCCGCGAUACGAUCUAUCCAGCCAACAAGAAGCAGCAGCAGCAGCACCAGCAGCAAGGAGGAGAGGCCGACGCCGCCCGCCGCCCGCCGCCCGCCGCCGACGAGGAAGAAGAAGGCGGCCGGAGGGGAGGGAGAUGGCGUACAGGGCGGAGGACGACUACGACUACCUGUUCAAGGUGGUGCUGAUCGGGGACUCGGGGGUGGGCAAGUCCAACCUGCUCACCCGCUUCACCCGCAACGAGUUCAGCCUCGAGUCCAAGUCCACCAUCGGCGUCGAGUUCGCCACCCGCAGCAUCCACGUCGACGACAAGGUCGUCAAGGCCCAGAUCUGGGACACCGCCGGCCAGGAGAGGUACCGGGCGAUCACAAGCGCGUACUACCGCGGGGCGGUGGGCGCCCUGGUGGUCUACGACGUCACGAGGCACGUCACCUUCGAGAACGUCGAGAGGUGGCUGAGGGAGCUCAAGGACCACACGGACGCCAACAUCGUGAUCAUGCUCGUGGGGAACAAGGCGGACCUGCGCCACCUCAGGACCGUCCCGUCCGAGGACGCCAAGGCCUUCGCCGAGCGCGAGAACACCUUCUUCAUGGAGACGUCCGCCCUCGAGGCGAUGAACGUCGAGGACGCCUUCACCGAGGUGCUCUCGCAGAUCUACCGCGUGGUGAGCAAGAAGGCCCUCGACAUCGGCGACGACCCCGCCGCGCCCCCCAAGGGCAAGACCAUCAACGUCGGCUCCAAGGACGACGUGUCCGCGGUGAAGAAAUCCAACUGUUGUUCGUCUUAGCUCAAGCAUCUUAUAUACUGUAGGGGAGGGCACUAUGUUAUUGCAGUCAUAGUCCUCGUUUGUAUUCAUGCGCCAUGAACCAUAUCCCAGUGUUCAUUUUGCCAUGUUUGAUAUAUUUGAUUCGUUCAGGACUA